CUCAUUCUGUGUCCAAAAUAUGAUGUUGUUUUGGGGGGCAGUUCGGCCUACAGAGCGAGAGACUAUGACACCCGCAUGCUGCUGAGGUUCCCACAACGUGUGAAGAACCAGGGGACAGCUGACUUCCUGCCAAGCAGACCGCGCUACUCCUGGGAAUGGCACAGUUGUCACCAGUGAGUCUCUCUCAAUGUCUGUCUGUCUAUAUGCCUUUUCACCUCUCUCUGGAACUGUGUGUUUCUCGUGUCUCCAUUUCUGUCUGCCAGUUACACAAACACUCAGUUUUUUUUCUUCCACUCUAUUUUUUUUCUCCUCUCUCUCUCACAGAGUGGAUUAAUGUCCAUAUUUUGAUAAUCAACAUACUGGUCUCAUCAGACAGAUUUGUCUGGCAAUAUAUAGCAAUGCAAAAGUGUAUGUCAAUGUAUUUGAAUCAAGUUUCCACUUUAAAAUAUUUGACUCCAACCCAUAACUUCUACUGCAUAUGAGGAAUGUGAUGCUGGAUGUGUAGCCAGAACCUUCAGAGGGAAAAGUCUGUAACCUUGUCUUACUGAAUACAUUCAAAAGUGUCCAGCUCUCUUGAUUCCACAGAAGUCUGCAUUUCACAUUACCUCAGCCCAUAGCUAUGCUCUGAAGUAAGUCACAUACUGUACCAACAUCAAGUAUGGGGUACAUAUUGACUUACAUCCUGCAGCUUGUUUUUGUACAACUGAUUUGUAGGUCUGUCUCAUUGACUGGACCUGUACCUGAAACUGUAUAAAAAUGCAUUCCUCUGCAUUGGAACAUUAUUUUCUCAGUUAAGUGGCUUUUCUACAGCACCUGUUUGAUUGAAUGCCAGCCAAAGUGAUGACAAAGUGAUUGAAUCAGUUAUUUAAACACUGAUCAAAUUCCAUUGUCCUGCUUCUCUCCAGGCAUUACCACAGCAUGGAUGAGUUCAGCCACUAUGACCUGCUGGAUUCAGGUGGCAGGAGUGUGGCUGAGGGACACAAGGCCAGCUUCUGCCUGGAGGACAGCUCCUGUGACUACGGCUACUACAGACGCUUUGCCUGCACCUCACACACCCAGGUUACCGACACAACACGUGUUGCUUUAUGUCAUGUUGACUAAUCGAAUCAAAGGGAUGUCCAACUUUUACUAUUUUGUCUGUAGAUUGUAUGGCUGUAGCUGUUCAGUACCAGGCUAUGAUAUCCAGCAGAGAUGCUUACUUACAGUUGAAUACUCUGUAAUGGCAUGUGAGUGCUGCUUACUGUUGUCUAAUCAUAGGGCCUGAGUCCAGGAUGUUAUGAUACCUAUAACGCAGACAUCGACUGCCAGUGGAUCGAUAUUACAGAUGUGAAACCUGGGAACUACGUCCUGAAGGUUUGUCACGAAAACAGAUUACAUUAUUGGCACUUUGGUGCUGAAUACCAUGUCCCAAGGUAUUCACACACCAGCUCUGAGAAGCAAAAAGGCUGAUUUGAAAUGCCUUGACUGUGUUUGGAAUCAAUGUUUAUCCGUCCCCUGUUACUACUGUGUUGCAACUGUUUUUGACCAAAUUUUCAUUGUUUUUAUGAAAUAUUUGUACUCCCACUCCUUUCUUUCUUUUUGUGUUUUAGAUCAGUGUGAACCCCAGCUAUCAGGUUCCAGAGUCUGACUACAGCAACAACAUUGUGCGCUGUGAGAUUCGCUAUACUGGCAACUAUGCCUAUGUUUCAGGAUGUCAAAUCUCACAGUGA